AUGGUGAGGGACAGGCAGUGGUUGAAGAAGACCAGCCGGAGCUUGAUCUGCUCACGGAUCGUGCAGGCGGAAAACGCGGAGACGUCUCUGACCAUGGUAGGCCACCAAAAGCGUUGUCGCACAAAGGCCAGGGUCCGACGGGGACCCGAGUGGCAGGUAAGUCUGGAGGAGCAGACGGCGUCAGGCACAAACAUCCGGUUAUCUGACGAGGAUGUCCAGCGUGGAGAACACGGUGGUUCCUUGGAGCGGCUCGAAAGCCAAGGAGAUGAGGAGUGCCAGGUGCCCCUGCUGGAGAAUAAUUCCUCCCACUCCCGCAUGGAGCCCCGCCCCCACAAUGACUCAUACCUGCUCAGACACCAACCCCCCUCCUCCGGAGCUCCUAACCACCUCGGUGGGUCCACCCUGCGACCCCCCCUGCCUCCCACCCACAACCACCAGACCCUUUCCCACCACCACCACCACUCCUCAGCCAACAGCCUGAACAGGAACACCCUGAGAGGGGGUAGGAACCCCAUCCAUGCCCCCCCUCCAGUACCAGGGGAUGGACCCACCUCACCAGAGUCUGUACAGCUACAGGACAGCUGGGUACUGAAUAGUAACGUCCCACUGGAAACCAGGCACUUCCUGUUUAAGACGUCGUCGGGGACGACCCCUCUCUUCAGUAGCUCCUCCCCCGGUUACCCUCUGACCUCUGGGACUGUCUACUCUCCGCCCCCUCGCCUAUUACCCAGAAACACCUUCUCCCGCUCUGCCUUCAAGCUCAAUAAGCCGUCUAAGUACUGCAGCUGGAAAUGUGCUGCCGUGUCGGCCAUUACUACAGCCAGCCUGCUGGCUAUACUACUGUCUUACUUUAUAGCCAUUAACCUGUUGGAUCUGACAUGGCAACUGCAGCCCUCUGAAGGCCCUGUGUUGAACAACGGUCUGAGUACUGCAGGUCUAGCUGUCAACAGUGAUGUGGCCACACUGCCCUCUGGAGGCAAAGCUCCAUGGCAAGGUCCUAACAGCAGUAUAGACAGUGGGGAUGUGGAGGUGGGGAGGAGGGUGAGUCAGGAGAUUCCUCCUGGGAUGUUCUGGAGGUCUCUGCUUCACCUGGCCCAACCACAGUUCCUCAAGUUCAACAUCUCCCUGGGGAAAGAUGCUCUGUUCGGGGUCUACAUCCGCAAGGGCCUGCCCCCCUCACACGCACAGUAUGACUACAUGGAGCGCUUGGACGGGAAAGAGAAGUGGAGUGUUGUCGAGUCUCCUCGAGAACGCCGCAGCAUCCAGACUGUGGUUCUAAACGAAGCAGUGUUUGUUCAGUACCUGGACCUGGGAGCAUGGCAUCUAGCCUUCUACAAUGACGGACGAGAAAGAGAGACUGUCUCCUUCAACACUGCUAUAAUGGACUCAGUACAGGAGUGUCCCCGUAAUUGUCAUGGCAACGGAGAGUGUGUGUCUGGUGUGUGCCACUGCUUCCCUGGGUUCCAUGGCAUGGACUGCUCCAAAGAGGCGUGUCCAGUGCUGUGUAGUGGUAAUGGUCAGUAUGAUAAGGGAUCCUGUAUCUGCUACAGUGGAUGGAAGGGAGCAGAGUGUGCCGUCCCCACCACCCACUGCAUUGACCCUCUCUGUAGUGGACAUGGGUCCUGCACUGACGGGACCUGUGUCUGCUCCCUGGGGUACAAGGGAGACAACUGUGCCAAAGUGGACUGCCUGGACCCGACCUGUUCUAAUAACGGUAUCUGUGUGAACGGGGAGUGCCACUGUAAACCCGGCUGGGGCGGCCCACACUGUGAGCUGCAGCGGACACAGUGCCCAGACCAAUGCCAUGGCCACGGUGCAUUCAUACCAGACACUGGCCUCUGUAGCUGUGACCCCAACUGGAUGGGACCAGACUGCUCAGUAGAAGUGUGUUCUAUGGACUGCGGGACCCACGGUGUGUGUUUGGGCGCAGCGUGUCAUUGUGAGGAGGGCUGGACGGGUACCGGGUGUGACCAGCGAGUGUGUAAUCCACUGUGUAUCAAACAUGGAACCUGCAAAGACGGCAAGUGCCAGUGUCACCAGGGCUGGAAUGGAGAACACUGCACCAUCGAUGGCUGUCCUAACCUGUGUAAUGGUAAUGGUCAGUGUACCAUAGGGGAACAGAGCUGGCACUGUGAAUGCCAGACAGGCUGGAGGGGUGCCGGAUGCAGCGUUGCCAUGGAGACCUCCUGUGCCGACAACACGGACAAUGAAGGGGAUGGUCUGACGGACUGUAUGGAUCCAGACUGUUGUAUCCAGAGCCCGUGUCAGAACAGCCCUCUGUGUCGGGGCUCCAGAGACCCCCUCCAGGUGAUCCAGCAGAGCCCCCUGUCUCUGUCCCAACCCCGGGUAGGAUCCUUCUAUGACAGGGUCAUGAUGCUGGUGGGACGGGACAGCACACACAUCAUACCUGGGGAAAACCCAUUCAAUGCCAGCUUGGCGUCUCUGAUCCGAGGUCAGGUGUUAACUACAGAUGGUACUCCCCUGGUGGGAGUCAAUGUUUCCUUUGUCAGAUAUCCACACUAUGGAUAUACUCUCACACGCCAGGACGGAACGUUUGACCUUCUAGCAAACGGCGGCGCCUCGUUGACCCUGAGGUUUGAGCGCGCUCCGUUCAUCACGCAGGACCGCACGGUGUGGUUACCAUGGAGUCGUUUCUACGUCAUGGAUACGCUGGUGAUGAAGACUGAGGAGAACACCAUCCCAGGAUGUGACCUCAGCGGCUUCCUCCGACCUGACCCCGUGGUCAUCACCUCAUCUCUGUCAUCACUCUUCUCCUCUAGACCCAGGGACAAGCCCAUCAUACCUGAGACACAGGUGCUCCACGAGAUGAUAGAUGUUCCAGGGACCAGUCUGAAGCUGUGCUACCUGAGCUCCAGGACGUCUGGCUACCGCAGCCUGCUGAAGGUGACCAUGACCCCAGCCAUGGUGUUUCUGGGCCUGCUCAAAGUCCACCUGAUGGUAGCUGUGGAGGGACAUCUCUUCCAGAAGUGGUUCCACGCCUCGUCCAACCUGGCCUACACGUACAUUUGGGAUAAAACAGAUGCCUAUGGACAGAGAGUCUACGGGCUGUCGGAAGCUGUCGUGUCAGUGGGGUAUGAAUAUGAGUCGUGUGCCAGUCUGAUCCUAUGGGAGAAGAGGACAGCAGUACUACAGGGCUUUGAACUGGACCCUUCUAAUCUGGGAGGCUGGUCUCUGGAUAAACACCAUAUACUCAACACACGCAGCAGUAUUCUCCAUAAAGGUAGUGGUGAGAACGUGUUUGUGUCACAGCAGCCCCCUGUGAUCAGCAGUGUAAUGGGGAACGGACGUCGACGCUCUAUCUCCUGCCCCAGCUGUAACGGCCUCGCCGACAGCAACAAGCUACUGGCACCCGUAGCCCUGGCAAUAGGCAUCGACGGGAGCCUCUACGUGGGAGACCUGAACUUCAUACGCAGGGUCUACCCCUCGCUCAAUACCACGGGCAUACUGGAACUGAGGAACAAAGAUUUCAGACACAGUAACAACCCCACUCAUAAGUACUUCCUGGCCAUUGACCCGGUAACAGGAGCGUUGUUUAUCUCGGAUACCAAUUCGCGGCGUAUCUACCGUGUGCGCUCUCUGACGGGCGGGCGGCUUCUGUCGGACAAUGCAGAGGUGGUAGCUGGGACAGGAGAGCAGUGUCUGCCCUUCGACGAGCGCUGUGGGGAUGGAGGCAAAGCUACUGAGGCGACACUGAUGAGCCCCAAAGGUAUUGCUGUGGAUCAGAAUGGUCUGAUGUAUUUUGUGGACGCCACUAUGAUCCGUAAGGUUGACCAAAACGGCAUCAUCUCCACUCUACUGGGCGCCAACGACCUGACUGCAGUACGACCACUCAGCUGUGACGCUAGCAUGGACGUCAGCCAGGUGCGUCUGGAGUGGCCUACAGACCUGGCAGUAAACCCCAUGGAUAACUCUCUGUACGUCCUGGAGAACAACGUUGUGCUGCGCAUCACUGAGAACCACCAAGUGAGCGUCAUAGCAGGGCGGCCCAUGCAUUGUCAGGUUCCAGGUGUAGACUACAGCCUGAGUAAGCUUGCCAUCCAUGCUGCAUUGGAGAGUGCGACAGCCAUCGCCCUGUCUUACACCGGAGUUCUCUACAUCGCUGAGACGGACGAGAAGAAAAUCAACCGCGUCAGACAGGUAUCCACUAAUGGUGAGAUGUCUCUGCUGGCCGGCGCCACAUCAGACUGCGACUGCAAGAAUGAUGUCAACUGCAACUGUUUCUAUGGCGACGAUGGCUACGCGCCCGACUCCGGCCUCAACUCCCCCGCCUCGCUCGCCGUCUCACCCGACGGAACGCUUUUCAUCGCCGAUCUUAACAACAUACGCAUCAGAGCCGUACGAGCCAAUCGACCCGGCCCGUCAGCCUCGGGGGCGGGAUCCGGAUCGAUGAUGGGACAAUAUGAAGUUGCGUCGCCACGAGAACAGGAGCUCUAUGUGUUCAACGGUGACGGUCAACAUCUACAGACCGUGAGUCUGGUCACGGGAGAACCAUUAUAUAACUUCACCUACGGGCCGGACAGAGAGCUCGCCACGGUGGUGGACAACUGCAACAACACUCUCAGGGUGAGAAGGGAGGGUCUGGGCCAGGGGGGGAGUUCUGGCCUCCUCAGACUGGUGUUACUGCCAGAGAACCAGGUGGUGACCCUGGGUUUGGACCCUGCUGGGGGGUUGAGGAGUGUCUCAGCCCAGGGACAGGAGGUGGCCCUACUGGGGUACUCUGGGAGUACAGGACUACUGGCCACCAAGGCUGACGAGACCGGAUGGACCACCUUCUACCAGUAUGACAGUGAGGGUCGUCUGACCAAUGUAACCUAUCCUACUGGCAUGGUGACCAGUCUGCACCGGGAGAUAGAACGUUCCAUCAACAUUGACAUAGAGAGCUCCAGCAGAGACGAUGACGUCACCGUUAUCACCAACCUGUCCUCUGUGGAGGCCUCAUACACCGUGGUGCAAGACCAGGUGAGGAACAGCUACCAACUGUGUAACAACGGCACCCUGCGGGUGAUGUAUGCCAAUGGGAUGGGCAUCAGCUUCCACACUGAGCCCCACAUCCUGGCCGGGUCGGUCAGUCCUACAAUCGGCCGUAGGAACAUCACACUACCCACAGACAACGGACUCAACUCCAUCGAGUGGCGGCUCCGCAAGGAACAGACCAAGGGGAAGGUCACUGUUUUUGGCAGGAAGCUGAGGGCACAUGGCCGUAACCUCCUCUCCAUCGACUUUGACCGCAACACUCGGACGGAGAAGAUCUAUGACGACCACCGCAAGUUCACGCUCCGCAUCAUGUACGACACGCAGGGCCGUCCCGCCAUGUGGUUGCCUAGCAGCAGCCUGGCAGUGGUGAACGUGUCGUAUUCGACCACGGGUCAGCUGGUGGGGCUGCAGAGGGGCAGUAUGAGCGAGAAGACAGAGUUUGACCCUCAGGGACGUAUUCUGUCACGGUCGUUCAUAGACGGCAAGGUGUGGAGCUAUAGUUAUCUGGAUAAGUCCAUGGUCCUUCUCCUACAGAGCCAGAGACAGUACAUAUUUGAGUUUGACACCUCGGGGCGCAUCACAGCCGUCACCAUGCCUAGUGUAGCCCGCCACACCAUGUUCACCCACGUCUCUAUCGGUUACAUCCGCAACACCUACAACCCUCCAGAGAGCAACGCCUCCAUCAUCCACGACUUCACCGAAGACGGCCGCCCUAAGGCCACCCACUACCUCGGCACCGGUCGACGUGUCCUCUACAAGUAUGGCAAGCUGGCCAAGCUAGCUGAGAUCCUCUACGACAGCACCACGGUGACGUUCGGUUAUGACGAGACGGCUGGGGUUCUGAAGAUGGUAAACUUACAGAGCGGCGGGUUCUCCUGUACGAUACGUUACCGUAAGAUGGGUCCGUUGAUUGACAAGCAGAUCUACCGGUUCAGUGAGGAGGGGAUGGUGAAUGCUAGGUUUGACUACACGUACCACGACAACAGCUUCCGUAUCGCAAGUAUGAAGCCAGUCAUCAGUGAGACUCCCCUGCCUGUGGACCUCUACCGCUAUGACGAGAUCUCUGGAAAGGUGGAACACUUUGGGAAGUUUGGCGUGAUCUACUAUGACAUCAACCAGAUCAUAACCACGGCUGUGAUGACCCUCAGCAAGCACUUCGACACCCACGGGCGCAUCAAAGAGGUGCAGUACGAGAUCUUCAGGUCCCUGAUGUACUGGAUGACGGUGCAGUACGACAGUAUGGGACGCGUGGUGAAGAGAGAGCUGAAGAUAGGACCAUACGCCAACACAACACAGUACCGCUAUGAGUAUGACGGGGACGGACAGCUCAGCGGGGUGAAGGUGAAUGACUGGUCCACGUGGCGCUACAGCUACGACCUGAACGGUAACCUGCACCUCCUCAACCCUGGGAACAGUGCCCGCCUCACGCCGCUCCGCUACGACCUCCGAGACCGCAUCACGCGCCUGGGCGACGUGCAGUACCAUGUGGAUGAGGAUGGCUUCCUGAGCCAGCGAGGCUCGGAUGUCUUUGACUACAACUCCAAGGGCCAGCUCCUCAGAGCAUAUAGCAAGCUCCCGGGAGGCUGGAGCGUCCAGUACCGCUAUGACGGACUGGGAAGGAGAGUGUCCACUAGGACCAGUCUGGGACAACACCUCCAGUUCUUCUACGCUGAUCUGAACCACCCGGCAAGAGUCACACAUAUAUUUAACCACUCCAGCUCAGAUAUCGCUUCACUGUACUAUGACUUGCAGGGUCAUCUGUUUGCUAUGGAGGUGAGUAGUGGAGAGGAGUAUUACAUCGCCUCAGACAACACCGGAACACCACUGGCUGUCUUCAGCAGCAACGGACAGAUGAUCAAACAGGUACAGUACACAGCGUACGGAGAGGUGUACCUGGACUCUAACCCAGAGUUCCAGCUGGUGGUUGGGUUCCAUGGGGGUCUCUAUGACACCCUGACCAAUCUGGUCCACUUCACCCAGAGGGACUAUGACGUCCUGGCAGGCCGCUGGACCUCACCAGACUAUGCCAGCUGGCCCAAGAUCGGCAAGGACCCUGCACCCUUCAACCUGUAUAUGUUCAAGAACAACAACCCCCUCAGCGACGUGUUGGACAUCAAGAACUACGUCACAGACGUGAAGAGUUGGCUGGUGAUGUUUGGUUUCCAGCUCAGUAACAUCAUUCCAGGGUUCCCCCGUCACACCCUCUACUUCGUGGAGCCUCCCUACGAGCUGCAGGCCAGCAAGGACUGUGAAAACGGACAGCUGAUAACGGGGGUGCAGCAGGCAGCGGAACGCCACAACCAGGCCUUCAUGGCCCUGGAGGGACGGCUCCUUAACAAGGACCCCCGCGACCGCCGCGACAAGCCUGGACACUGGUUCGGCACAUCAACGCCCAUCAUCGGCCGGGGAGUGAUGCUAGCGCUGAAGGAAGGACGUGUGGUGGCGGCAGUUAGCUCCAUGGCAACCGACGACAGCCGGAAAGUGUCCUUAGUCCUCAAUGGCGCCAUCUACCUGGAUGGAACGCACUACACGCAGGCCGGACAUGACUGUCACUUCUUCGUUAAAGUCGGUUCGGCCGAUAGUGAUUUACUGGCGCUGGGGCUGACCAACGGACGCAAGGCGCUGGAGAGCGGGAUCAACGUGACUGUGAGCGGGAGGUCGCGGCGCGGCGCCACAGUGGAGUUUGCGGUGCCGUCGUUAGCCCUCAGCGUGCGGUAUGGGCUAGCUCUGGACGUGGUGGAUGAGGAGAGGGUGAGGCUGCUGGAACUAGCCCGGCAGAGGGCCCUGGCUGGGGCCUGGCUGAGGGAGCGGCAGAGGGCCAAGGAUGGGAAGGAGGGGAGCCGGCUGUGGACGGAGGGAGAGAAGCAGCAGCUGCAGACCGCGGGGAGGGUACAAGGGUAUGAUGGGUAUUAUGUUUUACCCGUGGAACAGUACCCAGAACUGGCUGACAGCAGCACCAACAUCCAGUUCCUGAGACAGAACGAGAUGGGCAAGAGGUAA